UUAUCCACUUCAGUAUAGAUUAUAUAACAUAUAGAGAUGGUCAAUUGGAGCAGAGUAUCCAUUCUCUUGGGAGUGUUAUUUGCCAGUGUUACACAGGCAUUUUUGAUUGAUUCUAUAGAUGGAAAUUCUUGGAAGAAUUCUCACUAUUCCAGAACUAUUGAUCUUUCUAAAUCAUAUGUUAAAGAAUUAUCUAUAAUUGAAGCAGUUAAUACUGGAAGUAAACCACAAGAUGAAUAUUAUUUUACAGUUAAUGAUGGAUUUGAUUCAAUUCCUCAUAUUUCCCUCAUUUCAUUUUCAACUAUUAAUCCAAUUUCUUUAGAAGUUACUUAUGAAGAAUUAAUUCCUAAUAAAUUAUAUAAAGUUAAAUUUCCAACUCCAAUUUCUCCUAAUUCAAAUAUUGAAUUUAAAGUUACAUAUGUUAUUACUAAUAUUUUAGAACCUUUACCUUCUAAAAUCGCUAUGGAUGAUGUUCAAUCUUUAUUAUUUAGAGGUAAUAAAUUUGCUUAUUCUCCUUAUAAAACUGAAGAUUAUACUUUAAUAUUUACUGGAGUAUCAAAAGGUCAAGAAAUGGAAUUAUAUUUACAAGAUCCAAGUGCAAUUAAUGUAACUGAAAAUGCUCCUGAUAUGAAACCUGUAGUUGAUGGUAAAACUUUAAAAUAUGGUCCAUUUGUUGAAGAACUUGAUGCAUUCACUUUAAGUCCAAUGGGAUUAUUAUAUGAUCAUAAUAGACCAUUAACUUUUGUACAUAAUUUAAACAGAUCAGUUUGGAUUCCAGCUUCAAAUGUAGAUAAAUUAUCAAUUGAAGAAUAUUAUGAAAUAACUAAUAAUGGAGCUCAAUUAUCAACUGGAUUUUCAAGAGUUGAUUGGCUUAAAGGUAGAUAUCAAGCUGUAAGAAAUCAUUGGGCUUUAAGUCAACUUGAAAUCCCAAGUUCCGCUUCCAACUUUGAUGAUUAUUAUUUCACUGAUUUAGUUGGAGUUGUUUCAACUCAUCAAAUUAUUAAGGAUCAUUUGAUUUUACAACCAAGAUUCCCAUUAUUUGGACAAUGGCAUUAUAAUUUUACCUUGGGUUGGAAUGAAAAUAUUGGUGAAUUCUUACAUCAAAUUAAUAAUUCAGAAGAUGAAUAUAUUUUAAGAGUUCCAAUAUUAAAUGCAAUUAGAGAUGCUAGUUAUAAUAAUACUUAUUUAUCAAUUUAUUUACCAGAAAAUGCUGAAUUCGUUAAUGUUUCAUCUCCAGUCAAAUUUGAAUCUUUAACUGUUGAUUAUGAAUUAUCUUAUCUUGAUGUUUCAAAGGGUCAUACUAAAGUAACUAUUCAUUUCCAAGAUUUAUUUGAUGAUGUUAACAAAUUAGCUGUUCUUGUUAAAUUCAAAUAUACCAAGUUGAGUUAUGUUAUUAAAGUAGCAAAGAUUUCUGGAUUUGUCUUUAUUGGAUUACUUAGUUAUUAUUUGUUAUCCUUAAUUGAUUUAUCUAUUACUGACAAAAAGAAGAAAUGAUUAAUUUACACAUUUCUUCAUCUCUAUAGAUCCAUAAGUUCGUAAAUUUAAAAUAUAAAAUGUAAAGGUAAAAUGUAAAUCUACCAACUAACUAAUUUGAUACUUUUCUUUUAAUCUCUCCAACUCUUCACGUCGUAUAACAUAGUCUUCUUCUGCAAGUUUAGAUUUAUCAACAGAAUAAAGCGAUAGAACUAUAUAUCUACCAUUGAAAUUGAUUCCAUUCAAUUCUUUAACUACUUUAGUUGCACUAGCUAAAUUCUGAUAUACAAUAAAAC